ACUGUUCCUUUGGCGUCUGUCAGAGUUAGACUCAGCUAGCUAAAGGUUCAAACCAAAUAAGAAGAAGAGUUGAAAUGAGAAUCAGACUCCUCUCUGUGGCUGCCUGGCUCUUUACCCUUCUCUGCCCCAGCCACGAGGUUCAGGUGAUGCAGCCUGAGAACAGGACACUCAACCCCGACGGUACUGUCUCCAUCACCUGUAGUUACACAGACACAGAUGAGCUCUUUGUCAUUGACGCCAGGCUGAACAGACUCAAUAACAUGGUCUGUCAGGUGAAUAACAGUCACAUGGCUGACUGCACCUACAUGAAGGUGACAUGGAACCAGUACAAGUUCACAUUACACAACUUAAAGGCUGAGGACAUCGGUGGUCUGUUCCAGUGUGAGUUCUCCUUGUCAUCUACUGUUACCAUGAAACCCAUCAAAACUGUAAAGGGGAAACACGCCACCAAACUGCUGCCAGGACUAGCAGGAGAUGCUCCUGUCCUCGUGUGUCCUUCCCCUCUACCCGAGUCCCCUGAGGCUGACCUGAUUGACCAACUGAAGUGGAUUGUGAUUGGCCUGUCUGUGUUGCUCUGCUUCUACAGCUUCACCAUCACCUUCUUCUAUAUCAGGCUGAGGGUCCUUCGAUCUGAGGAGCUGUAUGAUUCGCUGACAUACGUCCCCAUGCAGCCUAAUCAGACCCAACCUACGACGGGAAGAGGGAACAUUAACUCAACCUACAUGGAUAUGAGGAAGGUACCAGUUGGAGUGAGAGGCUCACGAUCCAUCAACCACAAUUCCCAACUCAUUUGUUGACCAAGUAAAGAGACCUUCAACUGAUCAGAUCAAUCAAUUAGAUUCAGAACCAUUCCUUUUGAAGCCUAAUGUAUGAAAGAGCUGGUCACACUUAAAGGCCCAAUGCUUUAUUAGUUAUUUAUUAGUUAUACGAAUGUAUAGGAGGCUUUCUUUUUUUUUAAAUGUUGCAAGUUGGGUGAAAACAAUUAUUUCUUUACCUUGAUGACAUUUUGCACGUUGAUUCAGCGUCAUCACAAUGAGAGAAAAAAGGUUUUGAAAUUAUGUGAAAACAAGGUUGCAUUUUUUUUUGCCAAGUGCGAUGCUGCUUUACUAGUCUAGAAUGUGUUUGAUAGAAGUGCCUAGGUGAGACUUUCCCGACUCGUCACAAUGAAUGUAGAAACAAAAAAAGUGCUGCUUGUUAUAUUCAAAUGUAAUUGUAAUAAACGUAUGAUGCAUA